AUGUCCUUAUCGUUGCGACUUGGCGGCUCGUUUCUCAACGAAGCUCUUCUCGGCUGGGUGCCGAGACUCACCCUCGGUUUGGGUGCUUCUAAAACUUCUGGAAUCGCCAGAGAUUCUAGGUUGGACGACUUGAAAAAGCAGAUAGAAGCCAACAACGGCCAGCCCCCUUUCAUGAUCGACAACGGCACCAUCUUGAGGGCCGCUCCUAAGAAGAAAAUGUCACACAGAAGACACAGAACCAAGUUGUACACUCCAGGCGACAAGCAGAUGCAUCCCCUCAAUAACAUUGUCAGAUGUCCAGCAUGCGGUCACGUCAAGAGAUCGCACUUCAUGUGUAUGCACUGUUUUGCUGAGAUUAGGACCUUUUUGAAGGGAAAGAAGAGGGAAAAUGGCUUGAUAAAGGAUGUUGAAAACCCACAGAGCGACUUGGACCCCGUAGACGAAAGAAUCUUGUAUCCAGGCAAGUUUGUCCAGGAAGAUGAAAGAAUGUUGCAGAAGAAGGAGUGGAUUCCUGUAAGAGAAGAGCCCUUAAUGUACAACUCCAAACAGACCAAGCAUAUUAAGAGAUGAGUCCAGGAGAUGGAACGGAAAAGUCGUUUGAAGGAAGAAUCAAGAGGGAGGCGGUCGUCAAGAUGGGAAUAGUAGUCUGAUGACAUUUCCUACAGCAUAUAGUAGAACUCUACAAAGUCUAUAUUAACUUGUACAUAAAAUAAUAUAACGUUACCAUUAG